CAACGCUUCAAAGGCAGUCUUUCUUCUCGAUUCCAUCAGCGGCGCCGCUACUGUCGCUGCUCUCUCGCUCUCUCUCUAUCUCUCCACCUCGCCGGCUGGUGACGACGAAGAAGAAGAAGAAGAAGAAGAGGAGGAGUGCAGGGCUACAAUAAGACUAUAAAGGCAUGGCGUUUCAAGUCACACCUUCUAAGAGACCGUAUGAACGUCAUCCUCUGGAAUCAAAUGGAAGGGGGAAGUGGCAAAAGACUGCACCUUCCAUCACACAGCAGAAUCAGUCUAAAGCAUCACCUGGUGCUGUUGUAUUUCGAUUGCUUUGCCCUAUUUCUAAAUUUGGAAGCAUAAUUGGUAAAGGUGGUGGUAUCAUAGCAAAGAUUCGGCAAGAUACUGGUGCAAAGAUCAGGAUUGAGGAAACUAUCCCUGGUUGUGAUGAAAGAGUUGUUGUUAUCACAAGUUCUGAGAGUGACAUGGAGGCUAGAAAUGAGCAUGACCAAGAAGAUGAGGGAGAGAAAAGUCCACCUGAUGAUGAUAAGGACAACAAGGAUGCUGAUGAAAACGACAAUGAAAAAGGGGAUGAUGCUCCAGCAGCAGAUGGUUCAAAGUCUGAGAAGGGUUCAUCAUCAGCACAAAUGGCUCUUCUCCUUGUUUGCGAGAGGAUAACAGAAGAGGAACCUGAAAAUGACGGAGAUGAGGAAGUGAGCAAGAUUUCCUCUGUUUCCAUAAGACUUCUUGUUUUAUCUAGCCAAGUUGGUUGUAUUCUGGGAAAGGGUGGAAGUGUAAUCAAGCAAAUGUCAGCUGAUAGUGGAGCACAAAUUCGCAUACUCCCUAGGGAUAAACUUCCUCUCUGUGCUUCACCAGUUGAUGAAAUUGUACAGAUUGCUGGAGGGCUUGACUCAGUUAGGAAAGCUAUCCAACUUGUAUCUCAGCAACUUCUGGAGCAUCCACCCCGUGAAAGAGAUUCAUUCCCUGGAAGCAAUCCUUCUGGAUCAUCGUCUCAUCCAUUCUCUAACAUGCCUCAUGCAGAAAUCCCUAGAGGAGAAGUUCUUCCACCACCAAUGCGUCCUUUUCCUGGUCAAGGACCACCACCAUUUUCCAACAGACCUUAUGAUGCUCCAGAUCAUCAUUUAAGUAUGCCUCCUCCUAUUCCAAGGUUGCAUGAAAACAUUCCACCAGGUCGAAUCCAAGUUCCCCCUGAGAUUCUCACCUUUCGGUUGCUUUGCUCUAAUGAUAAGGUUGGGAGCAUUAUUGGAAAAGGAGGGAAUAUCAUCAAAAGUCUUCAACAUGAGACAGGUUGCGAGAUAAAAGUUCUUGAAACUACUCCUGAAUCAGAUGAUCGUAUUGUAGUCAUAUCUGGCCCUUCGCUGCCUGAUGAUAGGAUCUCUCCAGCACAAGAUGCCAUACUUCGUAUACAGGAGAGAAUUAUGAUGGCUGCAUCUGAUAACAAUAGUAGAGAGAGUAGUCCGUUAAUGAGACUUAUUGUUUCCUCAAACCAGACUGGUUGCCUUCUUGGCAAAGGUGGUUCCGUAAUAGCAGAAAUGAGGAAACUUUCUGGCGCACAUAUUCGCAUAUUGGGUAAAGAGCAGGUCCCAAAGAGUGUGUCUGAUAAUGAGGAAGUUGUUCAGGUAAAUGGUGAAUUUAGGGCCAUUCAGGAUGCUUUGAUACAGAUAACUACUCAGCUGAGGCAUCAUCUCUUCCGAGAUAAAAUUUCUGGUAGGAACCAAAUUGGGCGUCCACCCUUUAACGAUCAACUACCGCCAUUUGGAUCAUAUAUGGGCAGGAGGGAGUCUCCACCUCCAAGAAUGCUGCAUAACUUGCCUCCACCCUUUCUCAACUAUGAUUCUGUUGGUCGGCCCCAUGAAGACAGGCCUCCUUUUGGACCAAUGCAUGGUCCUGGUAUGGCCCCUCAUAAUUUUGAAAGAUUUCUACCUCCACCAUGGGCACCUCAGAGCAUGAGAGAUGCUGGUGGUUCAGUGCCUAUACCUGACUAUGCAGGAGCCCCACAAAGGAGGAUUGGUGGAUAUCCUGGUGGAAGCCAGCCUGCUGUUAUUACAAAUACAACUGUAGAUGUUGUUGUUCCCCGUUCUCUUGUCCCUGUGAUCUAUGGAGAGGAUGGUGGCUGUUUAAAGAAGAUACGUGAGAUAUCUGAAGCAAAAAUUACCAUUACCGAACCUCGUCCAGAAGCAACAGAGACGGUAAUAAUUAUAUCUGGAACACCAGACCAGACUCAUGCUGCACAGAGCCUUCUCCAAGCAUUUGUAUCUUCUGAAUCUGAAUCCCCUUGAUUUGCUCUUUGGGAAGAUGAUGAACGAGAAUGAAGAAAAAUGGAGGACAUAAUUUUGCAGAUUAGAGACUCUUAAGGCAUUAUUAAUCUGUCUUAAAAUUUAGGGACAUUUUAGAUUUUGCAGAUCCACCAUAACAUUUUCAACUCGAACAUUUAGUUCAAGUAGACAUGUUAUCCUUUGGAUUUUAUGGGACAUGAACAUGGUACUGCUAUGUAUUAGAAACUUGUUUGAAAUAUCAAGAAUUACAUUAGGACUAUUACUAUGUCCAUAUUUUUCUUGUU